AUGGCACCAAUAUUACCAAUUCCUGAUUUUCAAGAUGCUGCCCAAAAUACUUUAAGAGAUGAAAUUUUUGAAAUUAUUGAGAAAACUAAAAUUAAAUAUGAUCAAAAUAUAAUUGGUAUGGUUUCAUUUGUUCCAAUCUUUUUUGAUUGGGGUUCAAUUGUACAAUAUAAAACAAGUGACAGAACUAGUGUUUUAAGAAGUAUUAAAACCAAUAUUACAAAUAUCUUAAAACAAGUUGAUUCCUCAUUAGAAAAGAUGGAUGCAAUUAAUAAACCAAAUAUUCAUUUGUUUUUAACUAGAAUUGUUAUUCAAAAUGUACCAGGUAAAUCAGGAACAUCAAAAAAAUCAACUUUUUAUCCAGAUGGUACUUUGGAGAUUCAAACAGUUUUUGAAGAUUCCCUUAAUUGCCAAUAUUAUUUAGAAAAGAAAAUUGUUACAGGUUUAAAUGAAUUCCGUCCACAACAAGGCGCACCAAUUCCAGAAAAAGUAGCUUCCCUUGAAGCACAACCAACAGUUGCAGCAGCUCCAGCAGUUGCAGCAGCUCCACAACCAUUGGCAACACCAGCAUCUUACCAACCAGCACCAGUUUCUCCAGUCAUAUCACCAGCAGUUGCAUCAACACCGGCAAUGGCUAUUCCAACAGCUCCAUCAGCUGCCUUUAUUGAUCUUUCAAUCCCUACUUAUGCAAAUGGUGCAUGGGAAGGUCUUAAGCAUGAAAUUGUUGCAGCCUGCAAACCAAUGAAAGUUGACAAUUCGAUUUUACCAGGUCCACCAUUCGAUUUACAAGUUAGUGUUGACUGGUCAAGCAUUUCAGCUUCAGGUCAAGAUUAUUCAGCUGUAUUAAGAUCAAUGAAAACCAAUAUUCCAAACAUUUGUAAACAAAUUUUACCAGGUAUUCAAAAAUUAGAAGAAUUUAGAAAACCAAUGAUUGCAGAUUUUAUGGUUUCAGUUGUUUUCCAAAAUGUUCAAGGUAAAGCUUCCACAUCAAAAAAAGCAUUCCUUUCAGCUGAAGGUUCUUUAGUCAUCCAAGUCCCAUUCGAAGAUGCACUCAAUUGCUCAUAUUACUUUGAAAAGAAAAUUACAUCUGGUUUACAAGAGUUUGCCCCACCAUCAAGUGCUGCCCCACCAGCUAAAAUAGUCUCACCAGUUGCUGAGGUUCCACAAGCUGUAGCUCAACAACCAGCAGUAGCUCAACAACCACAACAACCAACUUAUUCAAUUCCUGCAUCAUACCAAGCCAAACCAGCACCAGUUCAAGCCUAUGUUCCACAUUAUGCUUCACAACCAGUUGUUGCUCCACCAGUUGCAGUUGCCCCACCACAACCAGUUGUUGUUGCACCAAUUGUAAGAGAACCACCAAAACCAAAAGGUAGACAAGAAAUGGAAUUUAAGCCACAACUUGAAGAAUUUAAUGCCCAAUUUUAUUUACGUGAAGUUGAUUAUUUCCUCACUCAAAUUAAAGUUGUAGACGAAAAGGAUCAAGAAUUUGGUGUUCCAAUUUAUGUUGAUUGGGCCUCAAUUAUGGUUUACCCAUCACCAGUCAAACAAAAUACAAUUAUUAGAAAUUUAAAUCUUGCUUUAUAUCGUUUGUUACGUGAUGUUACAAUUGCAAUUAAAAUGGCAUGCACCGAUUUCGCCAACAGAAAUAACAUUGUUGAGUAUCUUCGUUCAGUCACAAUUCAACAUGUCCAAGGUACCUCAUCAUCAUUAAAGAAGGUCCUCUACGAAGAUGGUCAUUUAACAGUUCAAACUAUAUUUGAAGAUUUUGGUAAUUGUGGUUUAUAUUUGGAUUCAAAAGUAAUUCAAGCUCUUCAAUCACGUCCAUCAGUUCCAACUCCAAAGAAACCAGAGCCAGUUAUUAUUGUUAAAGAGGAAGUUGAUAUCCGUCUUAAUGCCCACAAGAGCGCUAAAAAUAAGGAUGGUAUGGUUUUCACACCAUCAUGUGGUACCUCCAUUAAUUGGGCUACCUUUGCAGUAAAAUUUUAUGAAGGUCAAAAUAUUGAAAACAAUGUUAUUUCAUUAACAAAUCAAAUUUUAACAGAUUUCUUCCAAGCAAUUCUAUCAUUCUCACCAAAUGAAAUCGAAAUUUUAUUAAAAGAAAUAACCCAAGUAAAUUUCGCACAAGCUGUUCCAGGUAAAACCAUUUUCGAUAAAAGAAGUGUUGCAAUGCUUGACAAUGGUGUUUUAAAUAUCAUCACCACUUUUGAAGAUCGUAGUGAGGGUUGUAAAACAUUCAAAGAGAAGUUUACAAACUGUAUUACUGCUCGUCUUCAUAAAGUUACUAUUCGUGAUCAAUUAUUACCAGCCCUUAAAGAAAUGAUCGAUACAGCUGUUAAAGUUAACUAUAAACCAAACUAUUUGGAUAACAUCCCAGUCACACCAUUCGAAGACUAUUCAAGCUCAGUCAUUUUCGAUUGGCAAUUAGUCGAUAAAGAGCCACUCGAAAACCAAGUCGUAAUGUAUGGCUCCAUUGUAAAGAAUUUGGCACUUGCAGCCACUUUCCCAAGAGUUCUCAACAACUCAAUUCGUGAUAUUUGCUCCUAUGAUGUCGGUAAGAAUGCAUUCCUCGAAUGUAAUCAAUUCAUUCUUCGUAAUAUCAUUAGACACAAAGAAGAAGUUAUUAAAAACACUACUCCAAGCACUUGGGAAUUCUUUAUCACUUACCACGAUGCCGCCAAUUAUCACUUUAAUCAAACUGGUUUAAUUACUCAAUUUAAAGAAACACUUGGUGUUGCAUUCCCAUGUGCUAUUCAAGACACAUUCCCAUACAUCGAAGAUUUUGUCGAAAAGCUUGCUUCUGCUACAGGUAAAAAUGUUCCAGUUGUUGUCAACUAUGAUAGUUGGAGAAAUGUUCCAUCUUUUAGAGAUGAUUCAACCUCAUAUAAAUGCAUUCAUGAGGUUGCAGUUAAAAUUACUACUAGAGGUUUAGACUGUGUUUUGGAAUUAUGCAAAGACCCAAUCGUCAAGGCUGAAUACACCAAAAAAGUUAACAAAAUUAUUAUCAAUUGCGACCCAGAAAAUCGUGUUGUUCCAUCACGUUCAAAAGACCCAGUUGCUUUAGGAAAACUCUCAAAUGGUGAAUUAUCAUUUACAAUUAACUUUAGAGAUGCUAAAAUGAAUAAAACCACUCCAUGGAACUACCAAUUCGAACUUAUGCUCCAAACUCGUCCACUUAAAAUUCAAAGAGCUAUCGAAAAAGCCAAAGGCUCAUUAGAGGAUGUCACUAAAUCAUUUAGUGCCCUCAUCGGUAAACAAGUUCCAGUCGUUGUAGAUUAUGAAGGUUUUAUUAAUAACGAUUGCUUCAUUGUCGAUUUAGAGGAAGAUAUUUACACCAAGGUUAUUGCAUCAUUUGCUCACCUUCUUCAAAAAGGCUGGAUCGAUAGUACACCAAGUUCAGAGUUAUUAAGUUAUGAAACUAUCAAGAAAUCUAUUCAAGCUCAAAUGACCACACUUAAAUUUGUUAUUAACAGUGAAUCAAGACAAAAAGAAAACUAUGAAUUUGGCUUUAAUGGCACAGAAUUUGUUGUAGGUCUCAAUUUAUCUAGUGCAUGUAAAGUAGAAACCAAAGAGUGGAGAUUAGAUAUUGAAAGAUUAUUCAAACUUAGAGAUCUUAGAAUUCGUGAGGAGAUUGCCAAGAGAAUCGAUUAUACACCAGGUAAAAAUGCUAUUGCAGCUACUGUUGGUAAAGCAGUUGAAGUUGUUGUAGAUUUCGAAUCGAUCAUCAGUCACCCAGAUUUCAGUUGUAAUAUCAUUAACUAUUGCGAAUAUCUUCAUGUCUUUUCUGAACAAGUUUCAAUGGAAUUAUCAAAGAACUACGCAUUUGGUAGAGUUGUUGAAUACAGUGAAGUUAAAUCACAUGUACAAAGUAACUUAUCAAAGAUUGUUAUUGUCGCAGGUUCAGUUCCACAAGGUGUAGAUAUCACAUAUGACAAAUCUAGCAAAACCAUUAAAGUUAUUGUUGGUAUUAAAGUUUUACUCAGUAAAAUUAAAGAAAAUGCCGGCAAUUACGAAACUAUCGGUAGAAAGAUUGAAAAUGCUAUGGAUCUUCGUCUCAUGAUCGUUAAAGGAUAUAUCUCUCGUAACGAACCACAACACUUCCAAGAAGCCAAGAGUCGUCUUAAAGAAGCUGUCGAAUUGGAUGUUCAUAUCUCAAUUGAUUGGUCAAAGAUUAUCGAGCACGGUAGUUUCCUUGCUGUUGUUGAAUAUUUCCCAGUUCUCAAACAUAUCAUUUCACUUUAUACCCAAAUUCACCCACUUGUCAAAUUAUGUCGUGAAAACUUUGCCGCCAAAGAUGCACUUAAAGAUGUUCGUACCUAUACUAUUGUUGUAGAUGGUAAUAGUCGUGUUAACGAAAGUGAAUUCGAUCGUAAUAAAUUUGGUGUCGAUUGGGCUAAAGCUUCAUGGAUGAACCCACCAUCACGUGACCAUAUUCUUAUUGUAGUCAAUCUUGGUCCAAUCAUUAAUAAUGCUCCACACGAUCUCGAAGUUGAAGAUAAAAUCGAAUUUUUGGUUACCCCAGAUAAAGCUCUCGAACGUUAUAAUAGAAAGGUUGAUUUAGCUCAAAGACAACAAGAUCGUUGGGAAGCCGAACGUCGUCACGAAGAACAAAUGUACAUGGAUCGUCGUCUUGCCUCUGCAGCAGAUGAAAGAAAUAGAGAAUUAGAAAGACUCAAUCGUAACCUUACAAGAAGAUGGUAA